GUUUGUUCACAGAGGAGCGUCCGCAGACAGAGACACGGACGGACAGACAGAGCUGCCGACGGGGAGAGUUUAGUUUAGUUGGCAUCCAAACAAAACUUCAAGCUGCUCCGGCGGGUAGGGACGAAUCCAGAUUCAAGUUGCUUCCUGAAGUGUUUUUCACGGAAAUGCUUCACCUGAAGUUUUCCUUCGGACGGUGAAAUUUUGGAGUUAGGAGAAGAAGGAGACGCUUCAAAUGGAGAGAGGGUGAAUCAACUCAACUGAAUCAUUAAAGUUUCACAAGGGCGUUGCUCCAGCGUGAGGUGGCAUGUCAAACCGUGACUCCUUGGGGUUCGGGGACCUGCUUCCCCAGGACGUGGUUCAGGUUUUUGCUUACGAGAAGCACAGCAAAAAGGGUACCAAGAAGCGCAGUCACUCCCUCGGCCGAGCCCUGGGCUGGCUGAAGGGCAAGAAGAGGAAGGAUCUUGGCAGUAAUCAGCAGAAUCUGGGUCUAGGUCCUGCGCUUGACUUGGCGUUGGAUGGGCACCCUGCUGGGCAUCAAGGUGGACACAAGGGAGGGCAGAGGUCAGGACGGCAGGCACAUCCACACGGAAACAGUCAUGCUGUCCCAAAGCGAGAUGAUGACGACAAAGCCCUGGCACCCCUGUUGCUUCAGGAGAAUGUGUUCAUUGAGACAAGCAGGCCUAAGUACCUGGAGGACCUUCACACCGAGGCCCUGGAGGGAUUGAAAUUGAUGCAGCAGGAAGAAACCAGUAAUGGAGUGGAGUACCAGGAUAAUGAAAGCACAAUUUCGAAUAUAACGAUUCACACAGACAGGGAAGGUGGAGGGUUUACAACAGACAGCACCAUUCCUGACACAUCCUCUGUCGUGUCUGUACAAUCAUCUGUGUCCACUAGAUCAUCCCGCUCUGGACUCACCAGACAAGGGUCAACAUUCAGGCCUUUGAACUCUGGGAAAAAAUCAGAAAAGAUGAGAAGAAGACGACACAGGAAGACCGUUGCGGGUAUCCCACAUCAUGUUCAGAGAGAGUUGGGGUUGGACAGAGCGGGCUGGACAUUGACUCAGAAGUUAGAUGAGGAACAGCUUUGUAAUGGUGAGACUGACACUAGCCCCACCACUGAUGGGCCACAGCAAUCAGCAGAGUCACAAAAGGGAGCCAGGGCUGGCCUCCAGGUCAGGAAGGGUAUCCAGCCUCUCAACAAAGAACAAGUCGAGCGGCUCAAUGCCGCCCAUGCUGGUCAUAGGGACGACCUGGCCCUGUUGCACCGCCUGGGUCCUGACUUGACAGGUGGAGAUAGGCCCCGGUCCCUGGCAGUUCCCUGGAUGACUACUGCCAACAGCCUCCAGCCAGGCCCACCCAGCCCUGUCAUGUCCAUGUCACCCCAGGCUGCUUACAUGUCCAAAAUCAUUCCCAAUGCUGUGUUGCCACCAUCCAUUGAGGUGGUAGAAAUCAGCCGUGGACGGAGUCGCAGCAGCCUCCGCACCGUCAGCAAGAGCAGCCUGCUGCUCUCCAGUCCAGCUCCCUCCCGUGCUUCCUCCAGAGCGUCCUCAACCAGAACCACUUCCUCCAAAGCCUCAAACAUCACCUCUGCCUCCCGCUACAACCCCCCCAAUGUCUCCGACAGCUCUUGUUGGAGCAACUCUGAGUCCUCAGAGACUUUAGUGUCUGAUUCCUCAACCAUCUCCAGCAGCAGCACCCCCAGGCAGAGGAGGUCACAGGACGGAGAUGCUUCUGCUAAGGAGGACAAAGUCAGUGUUCACUCAUCUCUCAGCAAGGCUUCCAAAUGCACCUCCAACGGCAAGCUUGUUGGUACAGUUGACACAGUUAAGAAAGAGGGGUCGUUUGUGCGUAGCCUCUCUGUCAUGAAGCCCAAGAAGGCUCCCCCUCCUCCAAGCCGCUCCUAUUCCCUCCACAAUAAGAUGAAACGACGAUCACGUGAUCUGGCAGAGGUUAGAGUUUCAGGGGAAUCGUCUCUCCAUAAAAUCUCCACCACAGGUAAAGAAAAUGAAAAAAACAAAUCGGGAUCUUCUCCUAUGACCUCAAAAAUCAUAGACAGCCCUGGCUACAAUGCUGACACCAGUUCUCUGGAUGACUCCACAGGCUCUGUGUCAUUCAGUCCCAUUAAAUCCCAGGCACUAAAGGCAGAGGAAGCUGCAAAGGUUGAGGAAAAAGUUUCCAGAGAUGCAUCACAAGAGAUGCAGGAACCACUUCAGGAGAAUAAGCUAAGCAAAAUGAUCUCCCCAUCCAGUGGCUACUCCAGCCAAGAUGCCACAUCCCCACAACUCUCUAAGCCCCACAGCUCAUCUCCGAGGCACAAGAGAGGCAUCUUAGCAAAGCUUCAAAGGUUAUUUCCCGGGUCCACUUCUGGUCCACCUUCAUCCCCUCUCACCCAGCCACAGGCUACUGAAAACAUUAAAUCUACAGAGGAUCCUAAACCUGACUCAGUUGACACAGUCAGCGUCAGCGCUUCUGUAAGGACCUUGAGAGAACUCUUCAACAUCCCUCCACCGCCCAAAGUCCACGCACCGCCUCCCCCUCCUCCAGAGGUUUGGGUUCACAGCAAGCGUAGCAUUGAGUUGCUGCUGGGACCCCCAGCACCUGACAACCUUGAAGCCAUCAUAAAGAGGAAUCCAAAGGACAGGAGACAACAGAGGCAGUCCCCCUCUGCAUCUACAGAGGGAUCUCCACAUGUGCUGGGGAGAAAGAAAGUCCAUGAAAGUGUGAUUUUGAAUGCAGAGAUUCAUAAAGAGAACAAUGAAAGACUGGCUCAGAAUGUAGAUUUGAAAGGAAACAGUACAGUGACAGAAAAAGAUAAGAAAGUAAGAGCAAGUGACAUAUUAAAUGGGAUGUUAGUGAAAGCUGUAGAGAAACGUGAAGAAAGGCUGGCAGCAAUGAGAGAAGAAGAAGCCAAGAAGACAUCCACACAAGCUACAGAGUUAAAGACCAGCAUUGAUACCUUACCUGGCAUUUCAUUAGUACGCAUUUCUCCAUCCCCUUCUCCUCUGAUUUCACACCAUCCUCCCCAACCCCAAGCCAAACAGACCACAGAAGUUGCUUCUGUCACAUCAGUACGAGCGGUUGUAUCUCCUGAGUCAUCCUGGCCCCCACCACCUCCACCAAUAGUACAAGCAGGUGUGGGUGGACCUGAUGAGACAGAUAUUCCCCUUCCACCCCCCCCACUGUUUGGUGAAGUAGGCUUAGUCAUACCUGUUCAGGUGCCCCCAGAGAGGUCCAUUCCUGGUGAUGACUCCUCUUUUACAACUACAGCACAGAAAUCCUGUUCAUCCCAGGGAACUGGUCCUCCACCACUGAAUAUCCCUCCUCCCCCACCCUAUACAGCGCCCCCUCCACCACUUCCAGUGGUUAAAAUGGUCUCUCCGCCAGUAGAGGAAGUCUUUCCACCACCACCUAAAGAGUUCUCUCUACCACCAUCUAAAGAGGUUUCUCCUCCACCACCUAAAGAAGUUUCUCCUCCGCCACUUAAAGAAGUUUCUCCAUUCCUACCACCUAAAGAAGUUUCUCCUCCGCCACUUAAAGAAGUUUCUCCAUUACCACCUAAAGAGAGGUUUCUACCUGUGAGGCCCAAACAGUCCCCUCCUCCUCUGGUUCAAGAAAUCCCACCUACACUUGUUAAAGAUGUCUUGCCUCCACUAAUUAUCAAGUUCUCCCCUCUGCCUCCUAAAGGGAUCCCUGCUCCAUCUGCUGAGGAGGUUGCUCUUUCGUCUUCUGAAGAAGAUGCCUCUCAGUCUUCUAUAGAAGCAACACUUGUCAGCAAGCUAAGUCCACCACAAAGUAUUCCACCCCCACCACCCCUACCAUCGCAACCCCAGUUGUCAGAGCAGGAUAUUGAUCUUCCACAAGAGAACAUCCAAUCCGAAUCUGAAUCAAACACAGUUUCAUCAAACAGUAUUUUAACUCCCUCUCAAAGUAUUCCACCUCCACCUGUCAUAGAGCUUCUGCACCAACCUCAGGUUCUACCCUUGAACAGUGAUAGUCCAGCAACCCAGGAGGCCCUACCUUCACCACCAUCAGAAGUCUCAGUCCCACCAGUUCCUGAAACCUCGACUUCACCUGAAAAGGUUCAAGACACUGUUCCCCCUCCACCUGUAAACAUCCCUGUAUCUCCACCUUUAUCUAUGCAGGGUCUUACCAGCAUUGAGCACCAGUCUACUCCUGCAAGCACAGAAAACCAAAGCCAAGAGCUGACCCUUGCCAGUGUUAUACAGGAGGAAACUACUCCCAUUGUCACCCCCUCCUUGCUGCAGAAGGUGAAGCUGCGGUCCGUCAACAGCAGUCCUGAGCCCCCUAAAGCUCAAGAGCAACCACAGGCUGAGGUCACAAUGAGGAAACAGCAGCCACCCAGCAAUCAGGUCCCAACCUCAUCUGCCAGUGGAGAAGCUCCUCAAAAGCCCAUCAGAAGGUCUCUGAUAAUAACCUCUCCCACAUCCACUUCUCCACCUGUCAUAGUCACUUCACAACCAGGUCUGCCCAAGUCCCUGUCUGCAUCUUCAUCCACAGUCCCCUCCCCUACAAAAAAGUCUCCUCCUGCCAUGACAGCCUCUCCUUCCAUGAACCUACAGGAGGCCAUCCGCCUGAGGACAGCAGCCAGAUCAAAAGAGAGCCCUACAUCUCGCCUCAGCCUACACUCACCUACAUCACCAUUAGACCUCCACAAGUCCCCCACUAGCACAGCAAGCUUUAUCUUCUCCAAGAGCAACAAGAGGGUGGUGAUUGAGACCAAGUCGGUGCAGGCAAGUGUACAGAAUAACCUGGAGGUUUCUGCUGUAACAAAGGUGUUGAGUGAAGCAGAAUCAUUGAAGAAGGUGCCACCACCGGUAGCAAAGAAACCCAAAUCGAAGGCCAAAGAGAAUGAGACCAGUGAAGGGAUGGAGCAAACUGCAGGACAUGGAAGCACAGCAGGAGGGUAUUCAGGAUGCUGCAGAGAAGACAAAUGGGACAGCAGGUACUGUUGAGGGAGGAGAGACACCAUCAACAUGAUUAUAAAGACUGAAGGAGACAGGGAAGGACCUACCAAAAACACUGAAUUCACUGCAAGCUUGUCUGUGUAAGAGAUGAGAAACUGGAUUUGAACAGAGGCUUAUUUCAAAAACUGCAUUUUGAGACAUUUAGGAUUAUAUAGAAAAUCCUUUGAAUGUGAUGUUAAUGGUGUGGGUCUUAAAAUACACAUUUUGCAUUUUACUAAGGAAUAAAUAGUCUAUUUUCUUUUGCCAGGGGACAUUCUGAGUUUUACUGUUGCAAGAGAUGGGAAUAUACCGUCCUCUAGUGUCGAACAAUGAUUGUACCAUUUCUGUCCUGCUGAAUCACAGCUUGUUGUAGUACCUACUCUUAACAAUGGGACUUUUGGGCGCUCAUUUGUAAAUAUAGCAACAUUUUGUACAUUUAACAUAUCCAGUAAUAAUGGAUCUGUGCUAUAAAGUUCUGUUCUGUGUUUUCCCCCAAAGAGUUUCCACACCAAUUAUAUUUGUUAAAAAAAAUAUUAAUUAUUUUAAGUUAUUUUUCCUGACCUGCUCAGUUCAUGUUCAGAGGAGGGUCUCUACGGACAGAAUAUCUUAUUUACAAAGCUGUGUUAAACCCUAACAUCAUGAUAUGAAUAACAUUUGUUUUCGUAUAGAUCUUAAUCAUAUCCAAAUGUUUUCCUUUAAAAAUCCCACAUGAUUUUUAUGACUUAAAGCUGUCUGUGUGCAUGACCAUUGAUAUCUCAAACACAAAGAGCAGUCAUGGCAAUACUGGAAUCAUUAUGAUGGAGCACAUUUUCUGCUGCUUUUAGUUACAGGUAAUUGAGGCUUUGCCUUUCUUACAGUUAUGGCUCAAACAGUGGGAUAUUUCUGUGUUAAACUAUAAUAUAUUUCAAACAGGUUACAGACAUUGUAAUGUAAUAACUGAUCAUUUAUAAUGGAAAGAAUAAAGAUUUAUGGACAAAUUAAA